GAAUUUCGUUUUGUUUUUGUCUCUCUUUAAUCACUAUGACGUAGCUUGUGUCAUAAUCAACUCAUAAUCAUAUUAUUUUAUUUAUUUAUUUAUUAGUGGUAAUAAUUAGUGAAAGACUGGAAAUAAAUGCUUUAAUGAAUGAAAAACGGAUGCCGAACUUGGCAGGUGUAAGCUAGCUGCUGCUGCGUUUAGCUAACCCGGUGAUUUAAAGUGUUUGUUUUUUUAACGCUAACAUCCUAACAUAACACCCUCUGAACCAUGUUCGUUUUGGUAGAAAUGGUCGACACGGUCCGAGUUACUCCGUGGAACUUCCACAGACAACUUAAUGAGACUGUAGCCGAGGAACUGAACAAGAAACUGGCCAACAAGGUGGUCUACAGUGUUGGUCUCUGCAUCUGUUUGUACGAUAUUACUAAACUGGAUGAUACCUUUAUUUUCCCUGGUGAUGGAGCCUCACACACUAAAGUUAAUUUCCGAUAUGUUGUGUUUCACCCUUUCCUCGAUGAGAUCCUGGUUGGCAAAAUCAAGUACUGCAGUCAGGAGGGAGUUCAUGUGACGAUGGGCUUCUUUGAUGACGUUCUCAUUCCACCAGAGUCACUACAACAACCAGCAAAAUUCGAUGAGGCAGAGCAGGUUUGGCUUUGGGAGUAUGAGACAGAUGAGGGGGCUCAUGACCUCUACAUGGACAAAGGAGAGGAGAUCCGUUUUCGGGUGACAGAUGAGGUCUUUGUGGAUACAUCGCCAACAGGUCCCACCGCUGCAGUCACAGAUGCAACGCAACAACCUGGACAGUCAACGGUUCCACCUGCAGAUGAAAGUGGGGAGAAGAAGGAGGCUCCAUACACACUCAUUGGAAGCAUCUGUGAGCCGGGCCUGGGGUUGCUGUCGUGGUGGAACACUUAGACACGUAGUAGACAAAGAGCUGUUGUUGUCAUUUUAACAAAUUGAUCUGCCAUCACGAGUAAGAGAAUGGAUGCCGGCUGCAGACACAGAAUCCUGUUGUUGUGGACAGCAGCACAUUUGAGAAAAGGGAUUGUAGGAGAAAAGUAUGGCCAGUGUUUGGGGAAGGAA